CUUAGAAAUAUUUCGAAAUUUCCGUUGUCAAGGAAGUGGAGAUGCAACUCUCGCGAUAAUUUGUUUUUCAAGCUGUUUUUGACCCAGAUUAAAUGGCUACCAAAAUGCAGGUUUUAUACGUUGGGGGCAUAAAUUGCUGAUUGGUGAUAGAUAAGACUUGCGUAUUCUAAUAGCGCUUCAUAGUAGAGUAAAUUACACGCACGCUUUGCUGACACUCGCUUAGCACACUCGGCAACGAGAAAACGAUGUCCAUUUUAAACAAGAGAACAAGUUAACGUUAGCAUUCAAGUCACAGACGAGACUCAGGGGAUAACUGAGGACUUCCGUUAGCAACAGUAGCAGGUACCGUAGCAACAGCGGACGCUUGUUUGUUUCAUCGUUACAGCUAACGGAGAAUGCAAACGGCUGCUUUACAUAGUUUACGGUGAUCAACAGAACGAACAUCCACCAUGAGACUGAAAACGUCGCUCCUAAAGGAAUCCAAACAUAAAGAACUUGUGAGCUGCGUUGGCUGGACCACAGCAGAUGAGCUGUACUCGUGCAGUGAGGAUCAUCAGAUUCUCAAGUGGAACCUGCUGACCAGUGAGACCAGUCUGAUUGUCAAACUGCCAGAGGAAAUUUACCCUACUGACCUACACUGGUUCCCCAAAACUGUUGGUGUGAAGAAACAGGCCCAGGCUGAAAUCUUUGUCCUUACCAGCACUGAUGGAAAGUUCCACUUAACCUCAAAGAUGGGUCGCAUUGAGAAGAGUGUUGAGGCGCACAAAGGAGCUGUUUUGGCUGGAAGAUGGAACUAUGACGGGACUGCUCUUAUCACUGCUGGAGAAGAUGGGCAGAUUAAAAUCUGGUCAAAAAGUGGGAUGCUACGCUCGACACUAGCCAGCCAAGGAUCUCCUGUAUAUUCUGUGGCCUGGGGUCCGGACUCGGACAGAAUUCUCUACACUUCAGGAAGACAGCUAAUUAUCAAGCCUUUACAGCCCAGCGCCAAAAUCAUACAGUGGAAGGCUCAUGAUGGGGUCAUUCUGAAGGUAGACUGGAAUUCAGUCAAUGACCUAAUCCUGUCAGGUGGGGAAGAUUGUAAAUAUAAGGUAUGGGACAGCUUUGGACAUCUGCUUCACUGCUCACUGUCUCAUGACUACCCAGUCACAUCUUUGUCCUGGGCUCCAGAUGGAGAGGUGUUUGCUGUGGGCUCUUUCAACACCCUGCGGCUCUGUGAUAAGACUGGAUGGUCCUAUGCGUUGGAGAAGCCCAACACAGGAAGUGUGUUCAGCUUGGCCUGGUCUGCGGAUGGCACCCAGCUGGCCGGGGCCUGCGGCAACGGACAUGUCAUCUUUGCCCAUGUGGUGGAGCAGCACUGGGAGUGGAAGAAUUUUGUGAUCACUCUUACAAAGAGGAGAACCAUGCAGGUGAGGAAUGUGCUGAACGAUGCAGUGGACUUAUUGGAGUUUAGAGAUCGAGUCAUCAAAGCAUCUCUGGCACACGGUCACCUAGUGGUUGCGACUUCCCUCCAGUGCUAUGUCUACAACUCAAGAAACUGGAAUACUCCUCUCAUCUUUGACCUAAAGGAGGGAACAGUCAGCCUCAUCCUACAAGCAGAGAAACAUUUUCUACUAGUGGAUGGAGCAGGGUUGUAUACGUUCUCCUAUGAAGGACGAUUGAUAUCGUCCCCAAAGUUCCCGGGUAUGAGAGCAGAUAUUCUAAAUGCCCAGAGUGUCUCACUUAGUAACGACACCAUAGCCAUUCGGGACAAGAGUGAUGAAAAAGUUAUCCUUCUCUUUGAUGCCCUGACUGGAAAGGCUCUUGGUGAUGGGAAGCCCUUGACCCACAAGCAGGAGGUGUUGGAGAUAGCUUUGGAUCAGUGUGGCCCAUCUACUGACAGGAAAAUUGCCCUGAUAGACAAGAACCGUGACCUUUAUUUGACCACCGUGCGUCAUCUUGGACGAGAACCCAAAAUCUGCAAAAUUGGUAGCAUGGUUCAUAGUAUGGCCUGGAAUGAUGCUGCUAACAUCCUGUGUGGAAUCCAAGACAACCAGCUGACAGUGUGGUACUACCCAAGUGUUGUCUUCACUGACAAGGAAUUAUUACCGAAGACACUGUGCAUAAAAGAUGGCAGUGAAUUCAGACGUGCACCCCAAGUUCUAAACUACAUUGGCACCAAAGUGACAUUACGCCAAGGAGAUGGUUCAUUGGUGUACAGCAGUGUACUACCCUUUCCUGCCCUCCUGCAUGAAUACAGCAUCUCUGCGCGCUGGGAGGAUGCACUGCGCCUCUGCUGCUAUGCAAAAGACCAAUCUUUGUGGGCAUGUCUCGCUGGCAUGGCAAUGGCAAACAGAGAGCUGACUACUGCAGAGAUGGCUUAUGCUGCCAUUGGAGAGUUACCUAGAGUUCAAUACAUCAACUUUCUAAGGGAGCAGCCAUCUAAGGAGUCAUCGUUGGCCCACAUGCUGCUGUUCAGUGGUCAGGUCCAGGAAGCUGAGGCUGCUUUCUUACAAGCUGGUCUCAUCUACCAGGCCAUACAAGUCAACAUUGACCUUUAUAACUGGGAAAGGGCAUUGGAGCUGGCAGUUAAACACAAGACCCAUGUGGACACUGUGCUGGCCUAUAGGGAGAAGUUCCUACAGAAAUUUGGCAGGAAGGAGACCAAUAAGAGAUUCCUGCAGUACUCUGAAGGGGUUGAAGUGGACUGGGAAAAAAUCCAAGCAAAGAUAGAGAUGGAGUUGUCUAAAGAGAGAGAGCGAGCUGCUAACACCUCUGUGAGGAGCAGCGUGGCCUCACGCCGUUGAUUUUUAAAAAUGUUUUUUAUUUUUUUAAGAGGGUCAUGUCCACAAUAAGUACAGCAAGUACGAUUACCUUCAUGUAAAAACCAAAACUGAACAAUUUUGAGAUUUUGUGAUGUCUGUGAUGCCUGACUUACACUACACACAUAGUCUUGUCAAGUUACAUAUAAAGCUUUAAACAAAAUCGCUUAUGUUACUGUUACUGUGGGUGGCUGAUAACAGUUUUUUAAGGCUGUCUGUAUUUCUGACCAACAGACCUGUGGCCUUCCUGUUGUAGUGACUGAUUUUGAGUGAAUCAAGUUUAAAGUUAAUCUGUUUUCAUUAACAGUUAAAUAGGUAUACGCGUUCAUCUGUAAAUUUGUAUAAGUGUUAUUUUUGUCAUGUUUCAGUUUGUUUUUUUACAUUAAAAUAUAUUUUUAUAGUUUACACAUUUAUAGUGUUGCCUUGUGGAAAUGCGAGAAUGUCCAUUAAUAAAGCAUGUGAACCAUACUGUAUGUAUUGA